AUGGAUGAGCUGUGCGGUAGUAGUGCUCUAUUAACCAGUACAAGUCAUCAUCAUCAUCAUCAUCAUCAUCACUCUAUUAGCUCACUGAUACAACGAAAUGAAAUACAGCAUGGACACGUAAAAAUUCCGGAUUUAACAACUUCUCCAGUAGUAUCGGAAACUAAUCAACAACAUGGUGACGGGAAUAAACGUCGGGAUAGAGAAUCGAAGAAACAGAGACGGAACAGGACCACAUUCACAACAUUUCAGCUUCAUGAGUUGGAACAAGCUUUCGAAAGGUGCCAUUAUCCCGAUGUUUAUGCUAGGGAGCUAUUGGCUCAAAAAGUGAAACUUCCUGAAGUUCGUGUCCAGGUAUGGUUCCAAAAUCGACGUGCCAAAUGGCGUCGUCAAGAUAAGGCAGAAAGUAGUGCAAUUGCUGAUUUGCCGCCUGUGCGGCAUAGCACGCCAGGAAUACCGUCAUGGGCAUGGAUGACUCAUCCGGAUGAUUUUUCUGGUCUAAUGCAUCCAUUCGUUCCGCAAUCAAAUGGUUUGCCGGGCCCAGACAUGGUUAUGAAAGCAUCUUCACCUUUCUGUUUCGGAUACUUAUCAACGGCGACACCUACGACAAAUACGUAUGCAGGCGUUACAGGUUCAGGAGUUGGUAGCGCACCAACGUUUCCUGACAUUGAUCUACAAGGGGGAGUCCAUAAUGAGCAGAAGAAUAUCUAUACUAGUAAUAUGAUUGUCUAA